CCAUGGAUGUUGUAUUUACCAUGGAUGUUGUAUUUAGCGAUGGUAUUUCUUUGAAUUGGUAUUGGUCGGAUUUUUCUCUCUGUUUAAUUGGAUCUGCUGCUGCUACCCUCGCGUGCGCCAGGUGCAUGCUGCUCUUUUGUCCUGCCGCGGCCGGGCGCGCACGGCGACUCCUAUGCCAAACCCACACACGCAACACAAGCACAUAUGCGUUUGACUCCCCCGCGCCACCCACACAGGCUCGCUCGUAGUACAAUAUAGCCGCGGCGUGCGCACACACACGCACAACGGCACAAGCACACGGACGAGAGGCCGCGUAGAGAGCGUCCAUGGCGGGGCUGCAGCGGUCGAGCGAGACGUUCCGGCGAUCUGGGUCGUCGGGGAUGGUGUGGGAGGACAAGCUGCAGCAGUCAGGCGAGCUCGGGGUCGGGGGCAAGGCCGAGGCGGCGCCGGCGGCCGCGCGGCCGCGGCGGAGCGGCUCGAGCGGGCACGGCGGGUACAAGGCGGGGCACGUGCAGCCGGCGCUGGACCCGCCCUCCCCGCGCGUCGCCGCCUGCGGCUUCUGCAACCUCUUCGGCAAGGAGAAGCAUCAGCCGCGCGGCGGCGGCGCCAGCGCCAAGAGCCGGCGCCGCUGAGCUGAGCCAGUCCCCGUGUUUGAUCGUACUCUGUUUUAGCUCGCUCUCGGCUAGUUGCUUCGUGCAAGAAAGGUUAGAGCAAAUAUAUCGCCAUGCCGCCAUGCGCAUGAUCAAAAAGGACAUCAUACUUAAAUCGUGUUUCUGUUAUUCUGUGUUUCUUGUACACACGUUUUCGCAAUGUGCAGCCAUGCUUGAUCU